UCUAAGGCCGUCGCAGAGUGGAUGGUUCUAACUGGUGGCUUGAGACAAACGUUCUUACUUAAGCGAGGAUUUUCUUAACUUCUUCUCAGGUCAGGUGUCCUUGGUGAGCGGCCGGGCAGCUUAGGCCGACUCACAGAGAACGGACGGUCCCACACUCCCUGGCGGUGAGCGCGCCAAAACGGAGCCAGCGCCCGUCGAGAGCGCACGUGUGUCUCUCACUCUCCCGCGGUCACUCGAAGUUCCUCUCUUGUUCGACACGUGUGCACUUAAGGUCUCAGUGAUGCCCCGGCCAGCAGAGGUACGAGGCCGGGUCCCCGUGGGCCGGAGCUAGCCAUGGCGAGUGGGUCGCACCAUUGCAAGGACUGCGGCUUGUAUUUCGAGAGCGCGCGGUCCCUCGACGUUCAUCUUCAGUAUCACAAGGAAAAUUUAAUGAACAUGUGGAUGGGAAGUGAAGAGCGUCCCCGAGAGGGAGGUGCCCCGGCGCCCUCACCUGUGCAGGGAGAACUGACGCCCCUGGGAGUGAGCAGCAGUGAGGGGGGUCUAGUGAGCAGUUCGGUGCAGAGUGUGAAUUCGGGAGUGAGCUCGAGCUCGUUUACGGCGCCUUCGCCCAUGCAGUACGAGUACAAGAUGUCCCCGGGCCUCCAGUCCCCACAGGGAGGAGUCGUGCCCCAGGGACCGCCCUCGGGGCACGGCCUCUCCGUCGGCUUCCCCCAGCAGUCCCCGGGCGGCUAUUACCCCGACUACGGGCAGCAGCAGGCGCACCACCAGCCGCAGCCGCAGCAGUACGGCGGCUACCAGACAGGCUUCCUCAACGGCGGCUUCGACGAUGGCUUCUACGGCAGGCCAGCGGCGACCACCCCCAGGUUCCACCCGUACAUGGGGCGGUCCCCCGUGCCCACGCCCUCGCCCGGAAACACACACUCCGAGGUGAAGGACGAGCUUCCAGCGGCGGACACGCCCGAGAUCCUCGAUCUCGACUCACAGAAGGUCCUCGGCAGCGGCGGCAUGCAACAGCCGCAACAGCAGCAGCCUCAGCCACAGCCGCAGCAGUCAGGUCCUCUGCCGCCCAUGUGGCGCCCACACGAGCAGUUCGGGCCACCCAGUAGUAUGGCGCCUGCCAUGGGCGGCCUCCCGCCUAUGCAGCAGCCGGGCUUCCCGGGUCCGCCGCAGCCUCCGCCGCAGCACCUCCCGGGCCUCGGCGUCGGCAGUGCCUUCCACACCAGCGGAGGCGCCAUGGGCGGCUACAACCCACAGGGCUUCGGCGCCGCGCCCCAGGCCAUGAGCAGCCCCAGCUCGGUAUACGGAGCGCCGCCGCCCUCGCCCAGGGACGCCGGCCCGCCCUCCGAGUUCGCCUCCAACGUGAAGCGACCCAAGAGCUUCAAGUGCGAGGACUGCAAUAAGUGGUUCACGAGCCACGGCCACCUCAAGCGGCACUACAACACGACGCUGCACAAGAACAUGACCAAGCUGAACGGCGGCAGCGCCUCGCGCUCCACGCCCGACCCCACGCGCCCGCCCAUCCUCUCUCCGGGCGCCAAGAGCAUCGGCGAGGCCUCCAACAUAUCCAGCCAAGAUGAAGAGUCCAACCUGUCGGCGGCCGACGCCCUGGAGACGCCCCCGCCGCCCAGCCUUCAGCAGCCUCCGCCUGCCUACAACCCGCCGCCCUCGUCGCUGUCGGGUUACCAGCCCCCGGGCGUGCCGGGCCCCUCGCAGGGCCUCCACCCCGCCCCGCCGUACAGCCAGGCGCCGCACUACCUGGGCGGCGAGCAGCCCCCGACGGCGCCCACGCUGUACCACGGCCACUUCAGCACCAACCCCAAUGGGUUCGGGGGCCAGGCCCCCCCGCCGAUGGGAGGCGGACCCCCCUUUUUCCCCGGCAGCGGGAACAACAACUUCACAAGCUACCAGCCGCAGGGGGGCCACCAGGGCCCGGGGUUUCAUUCCAUGAGUGAUUUCCCCGGGCAAGCCCUGGAUGGCUUUAACAGUUUCAAGUUGGAGAGCGAGCGAGGCGUGGGCGUGUCCCGGUCCCCGGACCCCGUGGGCGGCGACACGGGCUCCGAGGCGUCCAUGGACUCGAGCGAGUCGGGCGGCACGACGUCCAGCACGGCCACCACCACGACGCCGGGCGAGGGCUCGUUCCGGUGCCAGGACUGCGGCAAGCUGUUCAACCGCAUGUGCUACCUGACGCAGCACCGCACCACGUACCACGAGGGCGAGAAGCCGUUCAAGUGCGGCACGUGCGGCAAGCGGUUCCCGGACGAGAUUUCGUUCAGCGACCACCAGAGCAAGCACGCGGGCGACAAGCCGUACAAGUGCGAGGUGUGCCCCAAGCAGUUCAACCACAAGACGGACCUGCGGCGCCACAUGUGCCUUCACACCGGCGAGAAGCCCUUCACGUGUGAGCAGUGCGGCAAGGGCUUCAUCCGCAAGGACCACAUGCUCAAGCACUUCCAGACGCACCGCAAGAAGGCCAUGGCCGCCGCUGCCUCUGCUGCCUCCUCCCACCCGCCCCCGGGGCCGCCCAUGGGCCAUGGCCCUCCCGGCUUCCCUGGCCAUCACCCGGGCCACCGACCUGGUGUCCCGCCCAUGGCCCACCCAGGCCACGGCCCGCCCGGCCACCCAGGUCAUCCUCAGCACGUGGUGGCGCCACCUGUUUACUGAUGAUGGCCCACGCGUGGCCCCGGAGUGGGCGCCGUGUCCCCCCGCCGGUGACCUGGCCCCGGAGUGGGCGCUGCGGUCCCUUCGGUGACCUGGCACCCGCCGGUGACCUUGCCGCAUGCGCCCGCGCCCGUCUUCCGCCGGUGCUGAGUUCCUGUGGCCGCCACGCCCUGCAUCUACCUCACGCGGCUCCAGCCGCCCUGUGAUACCGCGCCAACAUUCCAUGCCGCGGGCGGCCGCCCCUGUGCCAUACUGAACCGCCCGUCGUCCUCGUGGGCGGCGGGCGGUCGCCCCGGCCCGGCCUCGUGCCUCGCGUUCCGUGCCUGAGGCGUCCGUUACCUCGCAUCGUGUCCUCCUCUUACUAAGAAACACACCUGCUCUCAGAGGCUCAACACUAGUGGUCGCCGCCAGUGUGCAGGGAAUCUACCUGUAGCAGUAUUGUUGUGGCCGACGCCCAUCCGGAGUGGGGGUGUCCCCCACCGCACCCUCCCUCUGAGCCAUCCCGUGACCCCCCCUGGCUCCUUCCGUGCCAUCCUGCCCUUCCUGCCCGGCUCUGCCCCGGGCCUGUGCCACCGCAGCCCCACCACCGCCCAGUGCCCGAGUGCCAGCCCGCAGACAGUAUUACACACAUGUUGUAGGUGACGUGCAGUGCCAUUGUGUGAAGUGUCAGUGCUUGUUGAUUCGAUGGUGGUGGUGGUGGUGAAGACACCCGGGUGAGGACAGCCCACCACCAGCGACAUUUCGUUGCAGAUGCAGCGGCUGUCGCAGCAACAACAGCAACAGCAGACAACAACAGCAGCAGCAGCAACAACAGCAGCAGCAGUAGCAAGAACGGUUAUAUCCAAUACCUCACAAUACUCGGUAUACCUCAGCAUGUGUCAAAACUUAUGCACAAAACCUAACAGGGUUAGUCUUAUGCAAGUGAUAAUAUGCUAUUUGGUGUUAUGGUGACGUUGUGAAUGUGAUGGUGACGUCACAAUGGAACUUUACCUGUGACUCAUGUAUGUCUUCAAAGUCUACCAGAUUUUGUAGCCAUUUUGGCGAUUAUUAUUUUUACAUAAAUAGCUGUCUCUUUUAAAUGAAACAGAAAAUGAAGAAAAAUGCUUUGGUGUUCACAUUAAUGCCAAAAAAUGAUUUUUUUGUUUCAUAGGAUCUGACUUCUGAAAUGUUAUCAGUCAUGUCUUCAGGUUUUCUCCCUCCCCAGAAAAAUAUAAUUAUAACAUGGUAAAAGCAAAAAUGAAAUGAGAAAUUCAAAACAAUUCCAUUUUAGGCUGGUUCCUUCACCCUCCCACCCCCCCUCUGAGGCCCCAUGGUUGUGCCUGCGAAGGUGAUUAGCCUAAACUACUCAUUGGUCCUUGAAUUGGCCUGCAAUUAAUGAAAGACACUGAUGCUAUUCGACUUUUCCCCCUUAGUUAAUAUCUAAGGUUGUUUACAAGUUGCUAAACUAGUGACCGAGGGACACUUUGUAUAUCAUUAUCAUUAAUGUAAUAGUAAAAAACUCAAAUUUAGACCUUAGUGAUAUUGAAUUUAGACGUUAAUAAGGACAUUUGUGUUACGAAUUUUAGAUUUCUUUCUAAGAAUAAAGACUAGUUUUUGUAUCUGACUUU